AUGACUACCAUAACCAUGGCUUCAAGCCACGAAGCCCUGGUCUUCUCUUCGGUGUUCCCAGUUUCAGCACACCAUACAACGCCGACCCCGCUUGCAACACCUGAUCUCGGGUUUACGGGGGAGGGGCAGUCGUUUGGCGGAGUUGAUGUUACAAGCCCGCUCCUAUCCUCGCGGCCGGUCGCGCAGGAAAUCAAGCAGAAUCAAGCAUGGAGCGUUGCGACAAGAUACUUGAGCCUGGCACGAGCGCCGUUUGCGCAGAAUUCGCAAUGGAAUCUAAAACAGGCGCCAACACGAGACGUGUCCGAUGCCCUGCGGUACCUACUCGUUGGCGAAGGAGCGCAAGCAACCGGCGAUGAUGGACAAGGCUUGUUGGAUUGGUACAUCAGCGAAAUUCGUGGCCAUUACCUCGCUUGUGUCCAACCUACUAUCCAGCCGCUCUGGAAGCCCGAGGUUGACUGUCGAAAUUUAUGGAGCCUCCUAGAAGAAACAGUGAACAGGCUCGGGCAGGCUCAAGCUCUGUACCUGCAGCCGUUAAGAGAUUAUGUCCUGCCCAUCAUCCACGAUGCCACGUCCAGCACUAGCACGGCACAACAGAGUGUAGCCCCCAGUAAAGCGACACACCUGGCCUCGAAGUUUCGGAGAGAUCUUGAUUCGGUCAUUACGCAUUCAGUACCUCUCCAGCUUGUUUCCAAAGCCCUGCGCUACGUGCUGUUCGACGCAGCAUGUCGUAUCUUCGACGUCCAUCCCGGCCAAGCGGACCGAAGAACGCCGACGAGGGAAGACGUGCUACAUGCGCGAAACCGCACAGUACGCCUCUUGCGUGGUCUACAGGAGGUAGGUUUAGCAGGCGACCAAGCACAGCGCGCCUUUGCCCAUGCAAUGGACAAGCUACUAGGCCAGUUCAUUGUCAGCCACCACAUGAAGGUCGACUGGUAUGGGCGGGCGCCAGUCGCCAAGAAGCUGAGGCGGUGGAUCAAGGAGGGAUUCGCGCCGUUCGCGACUGAGGUGAUGGAGUGCUUGAAUGCAGGGGGGCCGAGCCAGCCGUUUGGACCCCUGGAGAUACAGCAGUGGCAGGAUAUGGCAACUCAGUGGUUAGGCAGAGCGAGAGACUGCAUCACCACGCCAGCAGCUCGAAGCCACCUCGCCAUCAGUUUCUCCAAGCAGCUCUCCAGGCGUCUACUCCACGCAGGCGCGACCACCACCCACAUUCUGAACGUCUACAUCUACGUCAUCCGCGCCUUCAAUGAAAUGGACCCCAAAGGUGUCCUCCUGGACCGCGUCGCCAAGCCCAUCAGGCGUCAUCUCCGCGACAGGCCCGACACAGCCCGCAUAAUCGUCGCCAGCCUCCUUGCCGACGUUCAAGACAGCAACGGAAACACCCUCCACCCCACCGGCGACAUCUCCCUCGAAAUCGCAACCGAGAUGCUCCACCCCGUCGCCUCGCAGCACGACCACGACCACGACCUCGACUGGGGCAACAUGGCCUGGACGCCCGACCCGGUAGACGCGGGGCCAGAAUAUAGAAAGUCCCGCUCAAUAGAUAUUAUAUCCUCGCUGCUCUCGCUCUACGACCGUGAAGACUUCAUCACAGAGCUCAAAGCCAUCCUCGGCGCACAUCUCCUGUCCGCCACGACGCCGGGCUUCGAGAAAGAGAUCCGCCUCCUCGAGCUCUUCAAGCUGCGACUCGGGGAAGAGAAACUCCAGGCGUGCGAAGUCAUGCUGCGGGAUGUGCUCGAGAGCAAGCGCAUCGAUGCCUCUAUCCGCGGCACCAUCAGCCGCAAUCCGUUUGAUGCCACAAACAACACAGUGCCCCCACCAGUAGACGUGGAAGGCGAACCCCCCCUCAACGCCCAAAUCCUCUCCUCCUUCUUCUGGCCCCCUCUCCGCGACGACACUUUCCUUCCCCCCGCCGCCGUCCGCGCCGCCCAAAGCCGGUAUUCAGCGGGCUUCGAGCGCGUGAAAGAUAUGCGCAAGUUGCACUGGAUGCAUGCACUAGGCCGGGCGAGCGUGAGGCUCGAGCUUGAGGACCGCGUCGUCGAGGAGGAGGUCGCGACGUGGCAUGCUGCUGUAAUCGACGCGUUUGGGGAGGAAGACGGUGGGAGUGGGGAGGUCAGGAGGAGCGUGGCGCAGCUGGAAGCGGGGCUCGAGAUGGACGAGGAGCUUGUCAGGGACGCGCUGGAGUUCUGGGUCGGUAGGGGCGUGCUCAAGGAGACAGCGCCGGGAGACGAUGUCUUCGAGGUGCUGGAGCGGCUUCCUGCUUCUGGCGACGCAGGGGGGGCGGCGGCUUCGGCAGCGGCACAGGCUCAAGCGGCGCGGCCCGCUGCGGUGCAGGCGAUCAAGUCCCAGCAGGACGUCCUGGACGAGAACACGGCGCUGUACAGGCAGUUCAUCCUCGGCAUGCUGACGAACCAGGGCGCUAUGCCUGCGCCGCGGAUCUUGAUGAUGCUGAAGAUGGCUGUGCCGGGCGGGUUUGGCGGCGGUGUGGAGGCAUUGAGAGGAUUGUUGGGGGGAAUGGCUGAGGAGGGGAUUUUGCAGGGGGGCGGGGAUGUUUGGGGUGUCAAGAAGUGA